UAUUAUUAACUACUCAUCAUAAUCCAAAGUCUCUUAUAACCGCAUUCUUAGUUAUCACUCUUUUGCGUGUUUCUUGAUAUGUCACACGUAUUCUAUUUUCACAAGCCUCUCCUAUAUAAAUCACCAAACUCGUACCUUUUUUUUCAACUCAUCAUUCCAUACUUCCAUUCCAUUCCCAUCAUCACAACUCACAUAAUAUUCUUUCUCGUUUACUCGAACUCUGCUCGUAAAAUAUAAUACACGUUAUGGGAAACUAUGUAUCUUCAUGCACGCCUAUUUCUUCAACCAUGAAGAGCCCAAAGGCGGCUAGGGUUAUAUUCCCCAGCGGCGAAAUCCGACAGUUUCGGGAGCCGCUCAAGGCCGCCGAGCUCAUGCUCGAGUGUCCGAGCUUCUUCGUCGUGAAUUCCAAGUCUUUGAACGUCGGAAAAAGAUUUUCUCCGCUCUCGGCCGAUGAAGACUUGGAGUUCGGUAAUAUUUAUAUUUUAUUUUCUAUGAAGAGAGUGAAUUCUAUGGUCACUGGCGGCGACAUGGCGGUGGUCUUCAUGGCGGCGAGCUCGGCGCCUAAGCGGCUCGCCGGUGUUAAUAAUAAUAAAGGGAGGGUCUUGCCGGAGACGGCGGAAAGCGUUGACCGGUCGCCGGAAAAUGAUGAAGGGUCGAGAUUAAAUUUGGAUGAAGUAGAAGGGUUUUCAACGGUGGAGAUUAGAUAUAGAUUAGCAGUUUGUAGGUCGAAAAAGCCCUUGUUAGAGACCAUUACAGAAGAGCCUCUUGUAAGGUAGUUUGGAAAUUUUAUUGUUUAUCAGGGGUAGGAUAGGAAAUUUGAUUAAAUUGAUCAUUUUUGUGAUAUUGUAUGAUAUUAUUAUUAAAUGGGAAAAGUGUUCCGCUUUGUUA